AUGGGUCUCCUUGAGCUACCAGCAGAGCUGCUUUUAUUGCUCCCAGUAUUCCUAAAUGCAGAAAGGGAUAUCAGUUCGUUAUCUCGAGCCUGUUCUCGACUGCACCUUCUCUUGAACCCCUGGCUGUACCGAUAUAAUUCCCGAUACUGUGCAAGCUCUUCACUUUUGUGGGCUGCCAAGAACGGUAGCAAGGCAACCGCUCAGUUAUCUAUCCGCGAAGGGGGUGACGUUCGCAUAACAGACGACAUUGGCUGGACACCGCUGACUUGGGCUGCCCAAAAUGGACAUGUGGAUUUGGUGAAGCUUUUGCUUGAGACGGGCGAGGUGGACGUGGAAUCAAAGGAUGCCGAGGGUCGGACGAUACUGUUUUGGGCUGCGGCAAAUGGACACGCAGCUGUGGUGCAACUUUUGAUUGAAAGAGGUUCAGUGGAUAUGAGCUCAAUAGAUACUGUUGGGUGGACGGUGCUAUUUUGGCCCGCGGCAAAUGGGCAUGAGGCUGUUGUGAAAAUGAUAAUUGAAACGGGGCGGGUGGACGUCGACUGCAAGGACACAGAGGGACGAACACCACUAUAUAUGGCUGCAGCAAGGGGGCAUGAAAAGGUAGUGAGGUUGUUAGUUCAGCAGGGGAGGGCGAGUGUGGAUUCGAAAGACUAUCAGGGUCGGUCGUUACUCUACUGGCCCGCAGUAAAUGGUUACAAAGCUGUCGAAAGAGUUUUGCUCGAGGCUGAAAUUCCACAUGUAAACACUACUUUGGUCGUCUGA